AUGACAGCCUCGUUUGCCUCACCCACUCCAUCCAGUAAUGAAAAGCACAAUGCUGCCAUCGACGUGAAUUCUGUCGACGAAGACCCUCCCCAGCUCACUACCUUCCAGUCGCCGAUCACGGGGGAAAAAGUCGUCGCCGACCAGGCGUUUGAGCUUGCUCAGCAGACCGGCCACAUCGAAUUUACCAAGGAAGAAGACCGCAAGCUCCUUCGCAAGAUCGACUUGUGCAUCCAGCCGUUUAUGAUCGCCGUGAUCAUUUUGCAAUACAUGGACAAAACCACGACCACGGCGGCGUUGAUGCUUAACUUCCGUGAGGCCUUGGGAAUGACAGGCGACAUGUACCCGUGGGUGGCCUCGUCAUUUUACUUGGGCUACUUGGUGUUUGCUUUUGUCACUUCUCGCUGUCUCCAGAGAUUCCCCUUGUCUAAAGCACUUGCGGUAUUCAUCUGUUUAUGGGGGAUCGUGCUUACCUUGGAAGCAAUUCCCAACUACGCUCUGUUCAUCGUAUGGCGUACGGCUUUGGGGAUGUUUGAGCUGGCGGUGCUUCCUGGAUUGCUUUUUGUUGUUGGUCAAUACUACCGCAAAGAGGAACAACUUUCUCGGACGACGUUUUUCUACUGUAUGAUGGGGUUGGGUAACAUCCUUGGUAAUUCAUUUGCGUACGGUUUGUUUAUCCAUCAAGACACUUACGCUCUUCCCGCGUGGCAAGUGUGUUUCAUUACCAUGGGUCCCAUCACCAUUGCCUUCGGUAUCUUUUACUACUUCUUUAUGCCUGACACUCCCGCCAAUGCCUGGUUCUUGAACGAAAGAGAGAAAGCAAUGGUGGUGGAACGUAUUCGUGAUAACCAACAAGGGUUCGGUAACCCUCAAUGGAAGUGGAGCCAGUUCAAGGAGGCCAUGCUUGACACCCAGACGUGGUUGAUGUUCUUGUUUGGCUGCUGCAACAACAUUGGUAACGGUGGGUUGCAGAACUUCUCGGUGCUUUUAAUGAAGGGGAUGGGUUUCGACUCCCGCCACCAGAUCUUGAUGAACAUGCCUCUUGGGGCGAUGCAGAUUGUCGGCUCGUUGGUGUUGGCCUACAUUGAACGUCUUGUCAAACUGAGAAUGACUGUCGGCACUUUAGGGGCUGGCCUCUACUUGAUGGGGGUGUGCAUGUUCGUCUACGGUCCCAACAACGCCGUCAAGUACGCCGGUUACGUGUUCACUCCCAUCUUACUUUUCCCCGGUGCUUGUGUAUUGUCAUGUGUGGUGCUGAACGCUGCUGGCCACACCAAGAAGCUCACCUUGAACGGGGUCUCUUUGCUUGGCUAUUGUGUCGGUAAUUUAAUUGGCCCGCAAACCUUCUUGACCAACGAAGAACCUAACUAUCCCACGGGUAAGACCACGUUGAUGGUGACUCUGUCGCUUUCGGUGUUCUGGAUGCUUUCGCUUUGGUCGCUUUACCUCUACCGUAACUGGAAGAAGGAGAAGUUGGUGGGCACGGAAGUGUACGAAAAGUUCAAGGCGAUGGACAACGUCGAGUUCGGCGACUUCACCGAUAAGGAAAACCCAUUGUUCAGAUACUCCUGGUGA